AUGGGCUAUUGCAGCGGCCGGUGCACGCUGGUGGCGGUGUGCGGCGCGCAGCUGGUUACUGUGCUUGAGAGGCAAAUAUUUGACUUCCUUGGUUAUCAGUGGGCACCCAUCCUGGCAAAUUUUAUACACAUUAUUAUAGUCAUACUUGGCUUGUUUGGAACCAUCCAGUAUAGACCUCGAUACAUAACAGGAUAUGCUGUCUGGCUGGUCCUUUGGGUUACAUGGAACGUGUUUGUUAUCUGCUUCUAUUUGGAGGCUGGGGACCUUUCAAAGGAAACAGAUCUCAUCCUGACCUUUAAUAUCUCAAUGCAUCGCUCUUGGUGGAUGGAGAAUGGGCCAGGAUGCACUGUGACCUCAGUAACCCCAGCACCAGACUGGGCACCAGAGGACCAUCGUUAUAUCACUGUCUCGGGGUGUUUGCUGGAGUAUCAGUACAUAGAAGUGGCUCACAGUUCUCUUCAGAUCUUCCUUGCACUGGCGGGCUUCAUCUAUGCCUGUUACGUUGUGAAAUGUAUUACUGAAGAAGAGGACAGCUUUGAUUUCAUAGGUGGAUUCGACUCUUACGGCUAUCAAGGUCCACAGAAGACAUCUCAUUUACAGCUACAGCCCAUGUAUAUGUAA